AUUUGACUAAUUUCAACACUAGAAAGUGAUUAUCAAUGACGUCAAUUCAAAUGAACACAAUUUUUUGCUAAAACGCAAUUUCCUGGUUAAAUGAUACGUUUGGCAUCUUAAAAUUGAUCUGUUUUUUUUUUUUGCAGUUACAUUUUUCGAAGCUGCACAUAAGCUCUUAAGAAAUUAGCAUCAUUUACAUAGAAUCAUUAGUAUCUCACUGCCAAUGAAAUGAUUGUAAGAAAAUGACGUAAUAAGCCCAAGAGAUUUCUUUCCAGAAUAUUGCGCUAUCAAAUAACAUUUGGUUGUGGAAAACGUGACCGUGUAUUACGUUUAUUUCUUUUGGUGCUGGCGUUUGCCUGAUGUGGUGACAAUUACUACAGAUUUAUGAAAAUAACCUAAAAUGGCAAUGGAAUCUAAACAAGGAGGCAUUCGCGGGAUGUUUAACCCUUAUUCUUCGGCUGAUCCCUCUGUAAAUGUCCCAGUGGCAUCAUCACCAGGCCUGUCACAAAUCUCUCCGUACCUGAACUUUGACCCGUCGUACCUGGGCACCACACAGCCAGAGUUCAUCUUCCCAGAGGGAGCCGCCAAACAGAGGGGUCGCUUUGAGGUCGCCUUCUCUCAGAUUGGAGGCGGCUGUCUGGGCGGAGGCGUCUACGGAGGCGCCAUCGGCCUGUUCAACGGCCUGCGGGACACCCAGCUGGCUGGUCACACGGGCGCCGUACGGAGAACACAGAUGAUCAACUACGUGAUGAAGCGCGGCGCCGCCUCUGCCAACACGGUGGGCGUCAUGGCCGUCAUGUACUUCUCGUUCGGCGUGCUGCUGGGAUGGGCGCGCGGCACCGACGACGAGCUGAACACGCUGACUGCUGGCACCGCCACCGGGCUGCUCUACAAGUCCUCCGCCGGCGCCAAGCGGUGUCUGAUGGGCGGCGGCGUGGGCCUGGCGCUGGCGGCCGCCUACUGUCUGGCCACCUCGCGGGACCGGCUGCAGAGCCUGCGCACCUACAGCUAGGGCCGCCGCAGGUCAGCACCUCGCGCCGCGCGCCGUCCGCAGGGCUGACGGACUCGCUCAGGGGUGCCCCGCCCCGCCCCGCCCCGCCCUGCCCCGCCCCGCGCGCUAGUGUAAUGGGAGUGACGCCAUGGGCUGCCGGCACCGGCCGGCCGCACCCAUUGGUCGUUAACUGAAGGCCGUGCUCUGAUUGGCCGGGCGGCGUGACCCGGCCGCUCUGAUUGGCUGUCUGGGGUCAGGGUCGCCCGGCGGUCGUUGCUGAUUGGUCUGUGUCGCUGUGAUACGUGGAAUGGCCGACCGUUAGCUCUGGUGGCGGCGUGGACACGUUGCUAUGGGGUCUGCCGCCGCACAGAGCGGACUGAAUGAACUGCACACGGAAACCAAACAAAUACAAAUAGCAAAACCGA